AUGCUUGUCCUUGUCGUGCUAGCGCUUUUGGGUUUCCUGUGGCUCCUGAACCGGCUGCUAGUCUUGCUGUCAGUGCCGCUGGACCGCUCCAUCAAGUAUCUCAACGUCUCGAUCCCGCCGGUGCCGCUCAUCUCCAUCGACAAGGUCACGCACUCCAGCAUGGUGCUCCACUGGGAUUACCCCGUGGACGACGACGAUCACGAACAGACGGCCGACGGCCCGCCUGUGCUGUCGCACACGUCGCCCAAGAGCAUCAGCCACUAUCUGUUGUACAUCAAUGGCAUCCAGACGGCCGUGAUCGACGGCAAUUUGCAGUCGUGCGUCAUCAGUGGGCUCAACCCUGAAAGCAACUACCAGGUGGACCUUGUGGCGUUCAACAUCGCAAAUUUCCGCUCCAAGUCGUCGCCCGUGUACGUCAAGACGGGCAAGAACGACAUGGCCGAGCCGGACCAUCCUGACGAACUGCUGAAUGUGCUAAUUCCCGACGACGAGCGCGAGACCGUCACGAAAAAAAGCACGUUCCGCCAGAAAUCGCCGGCGGGCCGCUCGCGCAGCAACACGGUCGACCAGGAGAACUACAAGGCGCGGAUCCAUCCGCAUCUGAUCACAGACAUCAACGAGCUCAAGUUCCUGCUGGAGACGGGGCUGGAGGCGGUGCGCAGUCUGACGCGCGCCAGUAAAGAGCUCGAGACGGAUUUCGUGGACGAGGAGGCGUCGCUGCUGGCCGCGCGCAACGAGGCCAAGGAGCGGCGUAAGCUUGAGGACCAGAACCGCUCGAGUCUGCGCCAGGAGAUCAAGUUUCUUGAGGAGACACGGAUGCGCAGUGAGAGCCGGAUCGCGUCCGACCAGACGAAGCUGGCCACGCGGCGGCGCAAGAUCGAGGAGAAGCGGCGCCAGAUGCAGGAGUGGGAGGCCAUUCUGGCCGAGAAACGGGCCGCCAAGGAGCAGCUAGCGGCAGCUGAGCCUGCCGAGCUUGAGACUCUGAAACUGCAGGUCGAGCAGCUCAACAAGGACAUUUUCCGGCUGCAGACAGAAAUCCAUGAUGUCGAGGAGGACAUCAAGUACGAGUCGGCUAAUAGAAAGCGACUGGACGCGCUCAAACAGCAUCUUCAGGGUCUUUUCGAGAGUCUGAGAACGUGUAUUGACGAGCAGACUGGUAUUUUGAGACCCGAGGGCCAGGCGGUGCUGGCUACCAUUAUUGGGCUGAAACCCGACUGGGAGCAGGACUUGAAAAACGAGUUUACUCUCGACGAGCACUUUGAGCUGCAGUGGCGGGCCUUGCGACAGAACGAUAAGGAGAAAAUCGACCAUUUGAAGCGCCAGCUGGACGAGAAACGGUCGCGUCCUAGCUCACAGUACGAGGGUCUGGGAUCCUACAACGACGGCUCGAUCAGCAACAUCCUGUCAACCGCGAUGAGCAGAAUGAACACCACGAUGUCGUACAACACGCUGAGCCCGGAGCCAGUGGUGUCUACGAGCCCGAAAGUCUGGAAUGCGCCAGCCAGUGGCCAGAGGGACAUGUUCUUCAACCUCUUGGACCAGCCGCAGUCGUCUGAGUCGCCUCCUCCGUCGCACAUGUCGAAUUUCGACUUUCUGCCGGACCUCAACAUUCCUGGUGCCCGGAUGGGCUACGGCGACAACCUGAUGUUCCAGGACUCGUCGUCGUUCGGCAUGCAGCCGACAAUGAACGCGAUCCUGCCCAACACGUCGGACGACCAGCUCUUUGCCAACGGCCUGGACCUCGGCAUGUCCACAUCGCCCGGUGUGCGCGACUCGUCCAAGUUUUUUGGGUCGCUUGGCAGCCACCGCAAGAUGAAGUCGAGUGGCUCGGUUGCAGACUCGUCGCAGGAUGCAGCCAUGGAUUUCGAUCUCAGCAGAGCACGCAGCACGAGCUUUGGCUCGAGUAUUUGGAACAACGGGGGUAGUAAUUCCAACUGGGCGUCGAUGAAUAUUCUGGACAAGCAGCUCAGCGGCGACAUGGUGCCGAAAAUAUACAUUGAGAAUGAAGAAAAGCAGGACAAGGUGCCGUCAUCGCCGUCAUUUUUCAAAAAUAAAUUAUUUAAGUUCGGAACCAGUCCGACAAAAACGGCCACCAAAUCCAGCGACCGUUCCGAAGACACCAGUGUGGGGGCCGAGGAGGAGCUUUCGUCGGGCUCGAUGUCGAGCUCAGCAACGCCGGGACUGCUAAGUAGCAGUUUUGGCUCCAAGUCGUCGCGUUUCUUCAAGCUCAAGAAAAAUCAGUCUGAUGACCAGGCGCUGGACACGAGACCGGACUCGCCGUCCGGAAACCUCAUUUCCAGGCGUCUCAGCUUUGCAUUCAAGCGGGGCGACAAGGACAAGGACCCAAAGAACGACUCUAUCAUCGAGGAGGCAGAGGAGUGA